GGAUCCGCCAGUGUUCCAUACGCAUAAUAUAUUAUAUUCUUGUCAUAUAUUAGUCCGAUUAGAUCUACCAUAAAUAGGUCUAGGUCUAGAUAGACUUUAAUUAAGUAUUAUUUUAUAGUUGGCAAAGGCGAAAUGAUGGCAGAACAAAUAAAUUGUGGGUGUGAUUUCAAUGAGGCGCUAAUAAAAAAUGUGAAAAUUAAUCUAUCUGCUGUAACUAGACGGGCUGCUGAAAUAGCAAGCAGGAGGGCGGUUAAAAAGCAAUGGCAGGCAGCAUGGGAAUUACGAGCUAUUUCUUGCAUUGAUCUGACAACAUUAGCAGGGGAUGAUACACCAUCCAAUGUUUCAAGAUUGUGUUUUAAAGCAGCAUGUCCUUUGAGCAAAGAAUUGAUGAACUUACUAAAAUGGCAAAAGGAAAAAGUUCUAACAACUGCAGCAGUCUGUGUGUAUCCCAAUCAAGUUAAAGCUGCCAGAGAAGCACUAGCCAAAGCUGGACAUCUUGAGAUUCCAAUAGCUUCAGUCGCUACCGGAUUUCCUUGUGGUCAAACACCCUUAUCAUCACGACUUGCUGAAAUUAGAGCUGCAGUGGAAGAUGGGGCUUCAGAAAUUGACAUUGUUAUUAACAGAACUUAUGCACUUACUGGUAACUGGAAAGGUGUAUAUGAUGAAGUCAAACUUAUGAAAGAAGCUUGUGGAAAAGCUCAUAUGAAAACCAUACUAGCCACCGGUGAACUGGGGUCACUGAGUAAUAUUUACAAGGCUAGUAUGGUAUGUAUGAUGGCAGGAGCUGACUUUAUCAAAACUUCUACUGGCAAAGAAGGUGUUAAUGCAACAUUUGUAGUGGCUCUAGUCAUGAUCAGGGCCAUACGUGACUUUAAUAAUAUUACUAAACAAAAGAUUGGGUUUAAACCAGCUGGCGGAAUACGAACUGCUAAAGAUGCAUGUGUAUGGUUAUCCAUGAUGAAAGAAGAGUUAGGGGAGGAAUACACUUCCAACAAAUUCUUUCGCUUUGGUGCCAGUGCAUUACUUGCUGAUAUAGAGAGACAGCUGUAUCAUUUUGCCACAGGGUGCUAUCCUGCUUUGAUUGAUAUGCCCAUGGGCUAAAACAUUUUAGUCAUGCAUUAUUCUAUUCUUGCUAUGUUGAAUAUAACCAAUGAAAAUGUUUGCUUCAACAUAGAUAUUUUAUUUUAAAUUCCUAACCUACCAUUGCUUCUUUGAUAACAUUCAUUACAAACUCCAUUUGGAUUAUUAUUCUAGAAUUCUCCUUUCUUUCAGGUUAUUUUUAAAAUAUGCUUAUUAUAUUUGUAUAUGCUUUUAUAUUGUCUAGAUUUAUUCCCUUAUAUGUACAUGUUCAACAACACUUGCAGAUGUUAUUGCAUUUUAUAUAUGAAUGUUGGCAUACUUAAAAUGCAAUUUUCCUUAUUGUUAUAUCUUAAGCUAUUGCUAGUCAAUGUAUCAAUUUAGCAUUGAACCUUGAAGAUAAGAAAUAAUAAUAAAACAUGCAAAUCUGCUAUAAAAAGAAUUCCUGGA